AUGGCUAGCAACACAGAAAUUCCUAUUCAUGUGAAUGAUCAUAACAAUGUUGACUACUUCCAAAGAGCGCAAUGGCUUCGAGCUGCUGUGUUGGGAGCCAACGAUGGGCUUGUUUCUGUAACAUCAUUAAUGAUGGGUGUUGGGUCUGUCAAAGAAGACAUCAAACCCAUGCUCCUUGCUGGUUUUGCUGGGUUAUUUGCAGGGGCUUGCAGCAUGGCAAUAGGGGAGUUUGUCUCCGUUAACACCCAGAGGGACAUAGAGAUGGCGCAGAUGAAGAGGGAGAAGGCAAUGAAAAUUGGUGGAGAGAAUAAUUGUAACGAAGAAGCUGAGGGGGAGCAGCUCCCUAAUCCAGUGCAGGCUGCUUUUGCGUCAGCCCUUGCAUUUUCUGUUGGUGCGGUGCUUCCAUUAUUGGCGGCUGCAUUUAUAAGGGAGCAUAGACUGAGGUUGGGUGUGGUGGUUACAGUGGCUACCUCGGCACUUGUUGCUUUUGGCGCUGUCGGAGCACGGGUAGGGAGGACUCCGGUGGUGAAGUCUUCUUUCAGGGUGUUGGUCGGAGGAUGGGUGGCAAUGGCUAUUACUUUUGGUCUGACCAGAUUAAUUGGCUCUAUUGGUUUGCGAAUGUGA